AUGCGUGUCUUGUCUCUUUUCGCCCUUGCGGCGCCUCUUGUUUCUGCCAUUCAAUUCCUUGAGCCCGUCGCCAACUCCACUCUGAAAAAGGGGGAGACAUACAGCGUCAAGUGGAGCAGUGUCGACACUGACCCCACCACUUUCAGCCUCUUCCUCGUCAACUUUGUUGACUGGCCUCCCUUCUACACCCAGGUGGCUUCCGAUGUGCAGACCACCGAGGGCGAGCACGAGGUGACUGUCCCUUGCGAUGUCAACACAUCGUGGGGCUUCCAGUUCAAUGCCAUCAACGGCACCAACGUCUAUGUGAUCCAUGCUCAGACCUCAAAGUUUUUCGUUGAGGAUGGCGUCUGCUCGGGCUCGGGUCCGGUCCAGCCCCCCCCCACCAGCAGCGCUGCCGCGACUUGCACAGCCACCACCGUGACCGAGACUGUUACCAGCACCGUCACCGAGUCUCCUUCCUGCUCCCUGCUGUCUUCGACCUCGACGCCCGCCGCUUCUUCAAGUACUACUGUUGUGGCCACUAGCUCUGAGUCCGCCACCACCUCCAAGACGACCGUCGCGGUGCCCAGCUCCAAGUCUGACACUUCCGCGCAGGCGACAGUGACCAGUCCCCCUUCGAUCAGCAAGGCGACGACGGCAACUGGGACUACCAGCACCAUCACUUCGACUGUGUACAAGGAUCUGUCCGAGGUUGAGGAUUGCCCGGCUCUCUGCGCGGCUUAA